AUGGAUGCUGAUGCACCACAGCUGUAUGCCUAAGCAUAUCGUCGACAAGAUCUUGAAGCGGUGAAAGUCCGUCACUCAGCUGUCGUCGGAUGUCAACCAAGCCGAUGUGCAUGUUGACGCUUAUUGAGUCCGGUACAAUAGGAAGGAUGAUUGCGCGUAAGUCAAUGACCAAGUGUCACUCGUGGUGAUGUAACUCCCCGCCAUUGAUUGUCUCUUGCAAUCUAAUAACCCAUGUUGAGCAUCAUCAAUGAGACUGGGCUACAAUGCAAGAGAAGAGCAAGCAUUCGCGAGCCCACUCUGAUCAACGUCUCUCGCGUGUCUUCCAAGGCAGAGCUGCGCUGCGGAGAUAGGGGGGCUGGCGACACUCAUCCAUGCGUCUCCCAUUUGAACAAUUCGGUAUUGUCAUCCUCUAUUGCAAGAAUGACACCAUUGUAGUAGGUAUCAAACUCCACUUCGUUUGCGAAACUCUCAAUUGUCUUUCCAACCAAUGUCAUUGUGGCGUGCAUGUGACUUCGUGUCACGUUGGCGUCGUGUCUCUCCCUAGCGCGCCUUCCUCACCCUCAGGCAGACGCACGCUCUUUCCGACGUCAGUUCAAAGUGCAAACGACACACCGCGCCUGCUUGCACGCACACACACAACACCUACAAACAACCCACCGUCCCUUCCUCCGCUCCCGUCGACCAACAGACUCGACGGGAGCACACGGGGCAAUCACCAACCACCCAGCAGAACUCACCUGCCUCUCAACCGGGCAUGUGAUGCAGUGAGCAAGAGGGUAAGCGGAUCCCCAUCCUCGAUCUCACCUUGCCUCCCAUUGUCGUCCUGUCCAUCGCCAUCUUCCUCCUCCUCUUCCCUCCUCCCCUCUUCCAUCCCUCCUUCAAUCUCCUCCCCUCUUGGCUGCCCCCCUCAUUGUGCACUCACUCGUCGCUCCUUUUGGAUUGUACAUACUGACCAACUUGCUUGCUUCUUGAAGCUUACCGCCCUCCGCUGGACCAGCUCGUCUGCUGCUGCUGCCAAUAAUCCUAACACCCACCACCUCGAAAGUCCGCCUCUCACCAUCGUCACUCCUUGAAGAAGAGCCGCCCGGAACAACCUGACGCCGGCAAGCAUCAGCAAGCAACAAGCAGCAAGCAGCAAGCAAGCUCCAUUGCCAGUGACACCCACAAAUUGCCCAAUUUCCUCCCCAUUCCACCAUGAGCCGACAGAACUUGCUUCCAGCAGCGGCUGGAAUGCCAUUGACCUGCACCAUUUGCCCCAAAAAGCCCAACUUCUCCGAUGUCAGCCACCUCCUCACCCACAUCGGCAGCAAGGGCCAUCUCGUGCAGUAUUACAAGAU